GCCGUCACCGAGGCUCCCGGCUCGCUCGGCUCGUCGCCGCGGCAGCCCCAGCCCCGCUCCCACCCCCUCGCCUGCCUCCACCCUCCUUCCCUUUCUCUCGCUCACUCGGCGAGAGCGCCGUGCCUCCUUUCCCAGAUGGCAGCCGGCAGCGCCAUGCAGCCUCCCGUUCCUCCUCCUCCUCUCCCUCCUCUCCGGCUCUAAGUUAAUGCCAUGCUGCCACUGCUCUUCCCGGCACUGCUGGCCGCCUGCCUGCCGCCCUGCCAGGGCUGGAGCCCCUCGGCGGCUGCCAGCGGGCAGGAGGAGCAGGAGCAGGAGCUCUUCUUGCCCCCUGCCAACUCCUCCUCCCGCUCCUUGGCGAGCCUCGAGAUGGACCUCGACGGGGCAGCGAGCAAGGAGGAAGGUAGCACCGAUAGCCCGGGCACGCCGGCUGCCCCUAGCCAAGAGCCUUUCUCUUCCGCUCCCACCACCUCCGGGCAGGAGCAGCCGGGGCAGGAGCAGCCGGGGCAGGAGCAGCCGGGGCAGGAGCAGCAGCAGCGUCCCCAGCCGCAGGGGCAGCCGCAGCCCGCCGAGGACCCGCACUGCAACAUCAGCGUGCAGCGGCAGAUGCUGAGCUCGCUGCUGGUGCGCUGGAGCCGCCCGCUGGGCAUCCAGUGCGACCUCCUGCUCUUCUCCACCAACAGCCACGGACGAGCCUUCUUCUCCGCCGCCUUCCACCGCGUGGGGCCGCCGCUGCUCAUCGAGCACCUGGGGCUGGCGGCCGGCGGCGCCCAGCAGGACUUGCGCCUGUGCGUGGGCUGCAGCUGGGUGCGGAGCAGGCGGGUCGGGCGGCUGCGGGGCGCCGCGCCCCAGCCCCAGCCCCCCGCGGCCGCCGCCGCCUCUUCCUCCUCCUCCUCCUCCUCCUCCUCGCUUUCCUACCCGCCGGCGGCCGAGCCCGGCCAGUACUGGCUGCAAGGGGAGCCGCUGAAUUUCUGCUGCCUGGAUUUCAGCUUGGAGGAGCUGAAGGGCGAGCCGGGCUGGCGGAUGAACCGCAAGCCCAUCGAAUCCACCUUGGUGGCGUGUUUCAUGACUCUGGUCAUCAUCGUGUGGAGCGUGGCCGCCCUCAUCUGGCCCGUGCCCAUCAUCGCCGGAUUCCUGCCGAACGGCAUGGAGCAGCGCCGCGGCACCGCCGCCGGCACCGCCGCCGCCGCCGCCGCCAAGUAGCCUCUCCCGGGGACCCCCCUUCUCUUCGUCUUGUGCUGUGGAGGGACGCGGGACGGACUCUGUCGCAUUUUUCUCGUUUGCAGCGUGCCACAGGUGCGCGGCGGGACGUGUGGCCGCCUCACCGCCCGGCCCGGCCCCGAGGGCAGCGGCCGCGAGGGGACCAAAUCAUAUGUGCGCGUUUUAUAUCUUUAAUACCUGUUUUAAACGAACCUUUUAGUAAAAAAACCCAACCCAACCCAACCACCAAACAAUCCCUCCCCCUCCAGGAAAAAAAAAAAAAAAAAAAAAAAAAAAAAAAAAAAAAAAAAAAAAAAGGGCAAGAAAGGCUCCCUAACAAUUCAGUGGAGGAAAUCAAAGACCCUCCUAUUCGGCUGCAUUUGUUGUCAGAGUAGCGUUUUUGUAUAGGAUAUGGUUUGAACGGGUUUUUCCUUUAUGGACAGAAAGGAAUCUCUCUCUUUGACAGAAUGGGGAACUGAUGGGGUAUAUAUAUUGUUACUGCUGAAGCUGAACUUUAAUGGACCUUUCACACUUUAUUUCCUGGUUGAGAUAGUGUGUAUUUAUUAUUGUAGCUCCGCGUUAUUUGGCUUUUAAUACAGAAGUUUUCUUUCUGGAGCCACUAUAGCCUUUUGUUGGUCUGUUUCCUCCAGGGUGGAACAGAGGGUUUGGCUGGCCUUCCUGUCUGCGAACCUGCCACAAACUCCUUUCCCCGAGAAAUGGGGCUGCUGGUGGCAAAAGGAGAAUCGCAAACCCUUUCUGACCGGUGCUUGCCCUAUUUGUGCAGGAGGUGUGGGUCUGUGUGCCUACACCAGGGUUGGGUGGGGAACACAGCUGUGCCAGAGAUCCUCCAAAGCAGUUUCAUCUUCACAUCUCCACAGACUACAGCUUUCUCCUCAGUUUGAGGUUGGGUUGCUUCAGUCCUGGGGAAAUGAAGCCUAUUCUGACUUGUGUUAAACAUCGUGGGGCAAGUCUCUUGACUUCCUCAAAGUUCAUUUCUCAAAACCAGCUUAGAUGCAGUGUAUUUGUUGGAGACACAGUGAUACUGUACCUCUUUUUCAUCAACCAGUCUGCAGGGCUGCUCACAGCAAGUCUGUGGGGUGAGAAGGCAGGAGCUGCCAGUCCAGAACUAGAUUCCAGGUGCUGCUGUGCAAGGGUACAAAGAAGAAAGAUUUCUUCUCUCUUGUUUGAGCAGACAGCUGUGUAGCCUGAAAUACCAUUUGUUGUAUACUUCCAACUGUUUAGCCUUAUAAAAAGUUGUUUCAUUUGCCUUAGACAUGAUUAGUCCGGCUGAAGUUUCUAAAACCACAAUAUGAGCUAAGUGACGAAUAUUUGCAAUAGGAAUUCUCUUUUUUUGGUCAACAUCAAUGUAUUUAAUUUGCUAGGAAUGCAUGAAUUUGCUUGGGGCUAAUUUGGUGUAUUCAUAAUGUAUGGUGGAAAUGACUGGAUGAAAAGUCGGGAAGGAUUAAAUUCUUAGGAUUCCCAUAAUUUUUAACUGACAACAAAAUAAAAUAAAUGCAUGCUCUAUGUGUAUGCUGUCUGGACAAAAAGACAGAGAAAAAAUAUUGACAAACAGCAGAAAUAAAUCGAGAUUUAAAAAUGCUUCAUGUUACUAGGCUGCCUCUACACCCACUGUUCCUCCUGUUAAUCCUCUUGUGGGGUUGUCACUUGAGUAACAUUUCAGUGGCAUUAUUUUCAGAAAGCAGAGGAUCUGAUCGCUGUGGGAAGUGCUCUCUUGACCUGUUGAUCCAAAGGGCACCUGGCCCUGUACACCUAAUUUAGAGAGCCUCUAUUUUCUUUCCUUGAUGUGUAAUACAGUGUCAUUUCCACCUUGUGCAAACUCUUGUCAGAUAUUUGACAUGCUGGAGUGCAAUUCUUUGCCUAUUAUCUCUGGUGUAACAGAGACACCUCUUCAUACUGAAAGGCAGGGCUAGCAGGAAAACAUGAAGAUAGGGCUAACACCCUCUCAAAAGAGAAAUGUUCUACAUAUGGAAUAGACCUCAGAAAAGUUGCCAUGCUAGGGAAUAAUUUCAUCUUUUGAAUGAGAUGCAUUUAGGUAGAGUUAGCAAUUUUUAGUUAGGUAGAGUUAGCAAUUUUCUGGCUUUAUUAAUUAAUGAUGUAUAGUCCUCACUGUGGUGCCGGGAGCCUGUGCUUAAACUCAAGGGUUGAAUCUCUUUUUUGCUUAUCCUUAUUUUACCAGUGAUAUGAUAUUGGUUUUUUUUUUCUGAAUUGCAUCAACAUAAACAAGGGAAUGGUGUUACUGUCUGAAACAGGCAACUUCAGUUAUUAAAGACAUUAUUUUGCAGUUCUUGCAGACAUGUAGCAGGUGGUACACCAAAACUGGUACAAAAUGGCUUGUUUUUCUAACUUCUAUCAAUAUCAGCUUGAAUACAAACUUCAUGAAUAGACAGUGCCACACCACACAGAAUAUUUUGCUGCUUCACUUAAAAAACAUGAUACAAGAGAGGGAUUUUCUUAUUUUAUAAAUACACUUGUAACUGGAGCUUUAUUAAAAAUCUGCUAAGACAGAAUGUUUAAAACACAGGCAUGGUAUUAAACAAACUCCAAAGGCAAGUCUUGUCCAGGAUACAAAAAACUUCAAUGUUUUCAGGGAGUGCUGAUCUCAGACACAAUGUGGGUUAGGGCAGGUGUUUCCUUAGAUCACAGUGACCGUGUGCAUGAGCAUGUUCCCUUUGCAGACAGAGACCGGUCCUGUUUCUGUGCCUUAAAGAGGAGUUUAGGGCACAGCAGGGGACACAGGGACUACCUGCUGUACAGGCUUUAGGCUGACUCUUAACUCCCUGAACCUCGGGUUUCAGUGGGGUGGCAGCAGGGUUUCUCCUGUAAGAAACAGACAGUGGAAAUGCGCUAUGCAAACGGUGAGUUUCUUCAGUCACUGUUCCACCCAACAUCAAUAACUCUGCUCCUGUAGCUGUACUACCGUGACUGUAAGUAAACUAUAAUUUUGAGUAACUUUUGCCUUCAUCCAUGGGAAUUCCAUGUGAAUGUAACCUGGAAAAGGCAAGCCCAGGGCAAUGUGGAAUUAUAUAUCUGCAUGCCAGCUAGUUAAAGAUUACAAGUUUAGACACUGAAAUGUCUGUUUAUUUUCUUCUGCACUGGGAGUGGAGCUUUAUUGUCUAUUAGCUGGAGUUCAGUCUAAGCCAUUUUUAUUCAUUCGGAUUUAUUUUUAAGACCAGCUGGUAGCAGGGUCAUCACGAGAGCAGAUUAGUCACCAUGUAUAAUCCUUUACGUACUCAGGGAGGGCAUAUAUUUGUAUAUAUCUACCUACAUAUGAGGACUCACUCUGUAGAACAGAAAGUUAGAGCACAAGUGAGAAAAGGUACGGUGAGAAACACAUAAUACUGAGAAAGUAGGACUGAUUUUCCUUCACUAUUUUUUGGCUUGUGUUUCCUGGGAGAGGCCUUGACUUUGCAAAAAAGCAUUUGUAAUGAUUCUGGGAAAGCAUGUAAGUAUCAAAUCCCAAAAGCAUUCAGAUUUCAAAGAAUAAGAAAUCUUUUUAGUCUGUAACUGAUUUUUAAAAGCAUAUUUUUAAACAAAAAAACAGUUUUCAUUUUUCCUCUCAGAAGCUGAACAUUUCAGUGAAGAUCAGAAGUGCAUUUGAGUGUUUCACAUUGUGAUUUUGUAUGUGAUUUUUUUGUGGAAAAAAAAUUCUCUUCCAUGAUUUGGAACUGAUAGCAGCUUUUGAUAGAUAAGUUACUGUAUUUCUUGUCCCAUCUUCAUAAUAGUUCUGAUUAAAUAAGUUGUCCAAAAUAAUUGUAAAUCAUAAUGAUAAUAAUAAUAACAAUAAAGUAGCUUAGCCCA